AUGAAGUCAAAACUAAUAGGACAACGAUCCAAGAUCGAAGCAAACACAAAAUUAAAGAUCCAUCUAGAAAAUGAUAGAUUAAUCAUGUAUGGCUCCACUUCAGAAUCAUCUGGAUGUGUGCUAAGAGGUGCAUUGAGUUUGCAGCUUCGAAAACGGACCUAUUUCAAAUCCUUGACAAUGAAAUUCUGUGGUGCAAUUACUGUCCAUUGGAGUCAAUCUGGAAACCAUUCUUAUGAGUUUGAGCUCGUCCUCCCUGGGAGUUUGCCUGAAUCUACUCACGUGGCCAAGUAUUAUCUCGUCCAAUACCAAUUAAAGGCAAUAGCAGAACGAUCCAGCUUCUUAUCACCCAACUAUGUUGCACGAAAAGACAUUCACUUAUCAAGACAAAAGUCGACACUUACUUCAGACUAUCUAGAUCCAAUGACGCUGGCCAACCAUUGGGAGAACAAACUGGACUAUGACAUAUCUCUACCUGCAAAAGUUUAUAGCCAUGGGAAUACCAUACCGAUAACCAUCCAAGCCGUUCCAUUAGCACCAAAUCUAAAAAUACGUUAUGUCUCGUGUUUAUUCAAGGAAUAUAUGAUCUGCAAAGCGGUCAACGGCUGGUUUAAUGGUAAGAAUAAAUCGCACGGACGCAUUAUUAGCUACACGCGUCAUGAUGUGCAGCAGCAGCAACAGCAGCAGCAAAACCAAGUGCUGAGCGCAACAAGGCCUGCUUUCUCUUUCUCCAUGGAAAUCAGGGUGCCUGACUCUUUACGUGAUAUUCAAUGUGAUGCCCAUAAUGAAUCCGUUCGAGUAAAGCAUAAAUUAAAGUUUAUCAUGUCCAUCGAAAACGAAGACGGCCAUAUCUCAGAAUUAAGGGCUGUUUUACCGGUCAUCAUCGUUAUCAACACUUCAAAAUGCACUUUGCCGGCUUACGAGGAUAUUUGGCAAACACUACCUUAUGACCCAAAUUUAAUGAUGGCUUUGCUGGGAAAUUCGACAAAUAAUGACGGUACGACUGAAUCUCAACAACGUAUAAUUGAAACAUUCUUAUUACAGCAGCAGCGACAGCAAAAACAUCAACAACAAUGUCAACAUCCAGGAGUAGCAACUCAAGCUGACGACUAUGGCUUUUCAACCUUACCGAGCUAUAGCAGCAUUAUGAUGAUAGAUCAUUAA